CCUGCCCGCCUAUAGCGCCUCCCCUGCCUGUCACCUACCCAGUGUUUUUUUAUUUCUUGUAUCUAUAAACUCCCCUCCACUUCCUGUUUUUUGUGACCGCGCAUGAGCCGGGCUCGGCGACAUCUGAAUGGAUGUGAUGAGCUUGCGUAUUCAGGCGCCUCCUUUGUGACCUUCCUGACCUCCUGUUGUAGUUUGCCACCUGCAUCUUACUCCUCCAAGACGGAGGGACUUGCUUGGGUUGGGUUACAGGCGUUCAGCUUUGAAGGCGGGUUAGAACAGGUCAGACCCUUUAUGAGUUCGAGGUCUGAUGUGCAUUUGAGUUCCUUAGCGUGACGAAAAUCCCACUUUUAUUAUGUCAUUUUUUAUUAAAGUGGUCACCCAAAGCUUGCACUUCUCCAGGAACCUGACAAAUUCGAGACCCUGUAGUUCACAAAAAUGUCACCCCCCCGACACUCAAGCAAAGUUUUUUAUGCCUUUGUCUGUCCAUCUGUACAGCUGCAGAAUUUACUGGAACAAUUCGGGUUAAGUACCCGCCUGAGGGUACACCAGCUGACCCUGCCCAGGACCAGCAACAGACUGUCUUUUGCCUUUAGCUGCUGGGUAUUAAGAGUCAUUUAAAUGUUUAGUUUCAUUCUUCAGUUUUAUAGAUGAGUGGUGCAGGGGUCCUGUCCGCCUUUUUGGGAUUUUAUCCUGUAGAGCAAUACAGUUUUUGGCCUACCUAGCUGCACCCCCCCUCCGCCCCCCAUCUCAAUUUCCUUCACUUUCAUAUGGUUUCCUCUGUGUGGGGGUGGGGGCUCCCGGGGGUAGUUGUUUUAGAGGCUUAAACAGCAAAGAUGGACUUGGACUGUCCCUGAAUUUUGUAAUUCUUGGCGUGUUCGGGGCUGGUUCUGAAGUGAGGGGUUUUGCUGAGUCUUACAGUCUCACGCUGAAGUGGUGGUAGAUUCCUGGGCAUCCCGGACCUGUGGCCUGGUGGCCCAUGUGUGAUGUCAUUGGUGUGUGUGGGGGACAGCUGCCACAAAGAGGGUCGACUCUUCGACUGUUGAUUCCUUGAGGGCUUAUGUUUGGGAGACGUGGUGUUUUCCCUAAAUUCAGGAAACAAUUGGGUUAAUUUGCUUCUGAUGACCUUUGUGGGUUUGGGGUCAAAGGUUAAAGCAUGGAUGUCAGGAAAGCUUAGAUAAAUGGGCACUUUGUUAGCGCUAUACAACCCCUCAUUGAAGACACGUGUUUCCUGCAUGUUAAAUAAUUGUGAGCUGUUAGUGUUUAGGAAAAUUCGUUUUAGGGCUUCAGACUUAUCAGUUUACUGGUGUCUUAUUGAGUUGCAUAAAAAUCAACAACAGAUGUCAAAUCAGUGUCAUGUUGUAUCUCCUCAUCGGAUUAUAUUUUAAGCCUUUUUCAUUAUUGCACUUUUAAAUUUACUGCAGACUAAUUGUGUGCCUCUUGGAGUAUUCAAGAUGGUCAAGCCCACACAGGUAGACUGGGGAGAGGUUCAGUGUGUGUGUGUGUGUAUGUGUUUGAUGAAUGUAAUUAGUCAUCAGGGAGGAUCAGUCACAUUCUGCCGUGAAUUUUACAUCCUGCCCAGCUGGCUGUGCUCCUCCCACACUGACCAGUCAUCCAAUCAGAGCAAAGUAGUGUGGAGGUAGGGGUGUGACUGUAGUGCUGCAUGCUCUGCAUGAAGGGGUGUCUCAUCACAGCCGGGAUUGUAGGAGUGCAGGUGAGGUGACCUGACAGGCCCUUGCACAGUGAGAAUGCCCCUCCCACUGAUCCUACGUCACCUGGCUGCGCUUCGCGUCCUUCUGCUCUUGACAGCGUGUGACGAAGGGGACACCAGAAAUAUCAACUUCCACAAUCUCAGUCCCCCAGUGGAUGCCACACCCUUCCCCCGGAGCUUUAAGUGCUUCACGUGUGAACAGGAGUCAGACAACUACAACUGCAACCGCUGGGCAGAGGAUAAGUGGUGCCCUGAGAACACCAGGUUCUGUAUGACAGUUCAUCGUUUCAGCAGUUACGGGAAGAGUAGGUCUGUCACCAAACGUUGUGCAGCUAGAGAGGACUGCCUUACAGUGGGCUGCCGACACCACCGUGAUACAGACCACACUGAAUGUGUAUCCUGCUGUGAGGGCAUGGUGUGUAACGUCGAGGUCCCAACCAAUCACAGCAAUGCCGUGCUUGCCCUCAGACAUGCCCAGAGCUCGUCUGUGCACCUCAUACCUGCUUGGAAACCUCCAUCUUUUGUUGCCUUGGUGACGUUGGCUGCACUAAUGCUGUGGUGAGAACUCAACACCACCAUUACAUCCCAGGCUGCUAUGUUGACCUACAGCUAUCCCAAGAAGUACAGCACAGGGUCAGGGUUCCAGGUGAAGGUAGAACCUUCGGCCGGCCUAUCAGAUUACAGCCGCUACAGUUGAUUGACUGCUGGAUCAGCCAGUUGAACUAAAGAAUGGUGAACUGCUAUAUUUCUGUCAAACACCUGGGAGCAGGUCAACAUCUUCAGGCCCUCUAGGGGAGGGGAGGGCCUUCUCCAAGGCAGUGGGUUUCAGUACCAACAGCCACAAAACUUGAGAUCUCCAAGUAGUCCUGCAGGGAAGUCGUAGGACUUCCAUCAGCAAGGCUGGUGUUAGAAGAGCAUGCUUGCUCAAUGUUACUUGAAGAUGAGAAGAGGACAUCUGAUAGUGCCAGGAUGUAAGAAAUCCAGUGUGCAUUACUGCAGCCAACAAAACACAUUUAGCACUUUGUCAAAGGGAAGAAAACUGAGUAUCUGAAAUCGCAUAUUUGUUUGCUACGUAGUAGGCAAAAUGUAGUAUGCGACUUGAGAAGAAUGUUCGAAUCCUGAUUAUGGAUAUGACAAGAGGUGAACGGUACAUGGAUGACAUACUACAUUCUGUGAAAUUGUGUGGUUGAUGGACGCUACGCUACACCACAAGGCCACUGGAGCUGCAGCCAGAGAAGAAGAACUUCACUUUCUUAGAGAUUUGUGUCCAUGAAGGAGGAGGAACUGCCAUAUCCGUACACAUUUAAGUAGAAAACAGUGCCAAGUUGUGUAAUUUCAUUUUAAUGCGUAUUACUUUCACUAUGCCACUGGUAAACAUCCGGAACAAGUAAUAUGCGAGAUGGCAACCACAAAAAGUGCUUUCAUACUGUUCUCAUGCAUAUGAGUAGUAGGCCUGUAAUAACAUUCAGUAUGUACUAUGUAAGCAUGCGAUUUCAGACGCGCGCUCUUUCUUAACAUGUCCUCUUAAAUUAAUGCAUAUAAUGACGAGUUCCUAAUCCCAUAAGACUCAGUGUUUAAUUAGGAAACUCUUUAAUUUAAAGCAAAAUUCUAACCUGUAAGUUCUCAGGAGAGAUAACACUUGUAAUAAAGAGAAUGGUCUCUA